AUGAGAAGGGCAUUGGGUGGUGGCAGUGGUAGCAGCGGAAUGGGUGGUGGCAGCGGCGGAAGUAUCCAAAUGCUCCGGUCUGUUCAGAGGGCCGUCCGGGCAUCUGCAGCCCAAGAACCCUUUUCACACUCCGGCGCCGCCAGUUCUACUGGCGGCCGGAGUGGUAGAAAAAGUUCCACUACUGCUAUCUACGCUGGUAACAAGGGUCCCAACCUCACGAUUUCUUCCUCCUCAACUUCGUCCCCGAUUCAUCCUCCCAUCUCUGUUACUUCGACUGCUUGGCCUUCCUCCCCGACUUUUUCCGACGAUUCCUUUGAUUGGGUUUCCGUGGAGGACGACGGAGCACAAGUUGUGUACGAUGACUAUAUAUUUGGCGCCGUCCCUUCCAAGGAGGAAGUCCAGCAUGCAGUUGUUGCACUCAAAGAGGUCCUCGAACCAGGGUCUCCUACAUAUUUUUCCAUGGACAGAUCUGUUAACAUGUUGGAUGGAGAAGUAGUUGAUAAUAUAACUAGCCCUACCGGUUCCAACGAAGUAGUUUCUCCUUUUGGGUCCAAGUUGGAUUGGGUAGAGCCACCCUAUCAGCUUUGGAGCUCAAGUGUGUUGCAGGCUCGUGGAUAUGACAGAGUACAUGAUGCGUUCUCCUUGCUGCGGAAUGAGCCUUCUGUUCAGAGAAUGGUCAUGUCACUGUCCUCGGAUAGAGCUGUCUGGGAUGCUGUGUUGAAUAAUGAGGUAGUUCAGGAGCUGAGAGGUUCAUUCAAUCCAGAUAUGAGUCGUUCGGAGAAGUCAGACGAUGGGGACAAUGAUACCUCUAACGUGGCAAAAAGCUUUAUGGAGUGGAUAGUUAUCAACACCAAGGCAAAAGUCAAGGAGUUCAUCGAGAAGAUAACAAAAAUUGUUAAUGAACUGCUUCAUACUGAAGAAGAUGAGAAGACAGCUAAUAAAACUCCAGAUCCUUUUGAAGAUAAGCUCAGAGCCUCUUUUUUCCUGUCGGUCGUGGUUAUGCUUAUUGUGGUGGUUGCUCGAACAAAAGCAUGA